AGGUUGACGUUUCUUUUUUUGAGAGUUAUUGUGACUCAUAAAUUUUAAUUUAAGGGUAAAUGGAAAUUUAGUAUUGAUUCAAGAAUCAAUCCAGGUUUUUCUCUCUCUCCCCAGAGGUGAGAAGAGGCUACAUGUAAGGGUAAGACAGGGAUAACAGUCCGUGUCCUAUCAAAAAUAUAACUUCAUUUGCAGUGAUGACCAGGAACCUGCUGAAGUCAUGCUAUCAUCCAUCCCUACUAGAAGCCUAAUCAUCGUGUAUACUCAUCCCUCUAGAUAAGAACCCUGGAAUUCGACCAAUAGGAGUGGGUGAAGUGCUGCAGCACGUUAUUGGCAAAACCACAGCACUCUUCUUAAAGGAGGAGAUCAAGUCCACUGCAGGCCCUCCACAGGUUUGCGCAGGCCACAGCGUGGGAGCCGAGGCUGCAAUACACACCAUGAGUCAAGUCUUUGAUGAGGAAGAAACAGGUGGAAUUUUGCUUAUUGACGCAACUAAUGCGUUUAAUCUGAUGAACAGAGCAGUAGCCUUGUAUAACAUCCAAAUAACUUGUCCAUUAAUGUCUAAGUACCUAAUCUACACCUAUUGAAGCCACUCAAGGUUAUUUGUCUGCAGUGGUGAAGAGAUUUUGUCAAAAGAAGGUACUAGUCAGGGGAUCCAAUAGCUAUGCCCUGGUAUUCAGUUAACACAUCUACCAUGAUACAAAGUUUGAGAUGGCAUGUACCAGAAGUUAAACAAGUUUGGCUGGCUGACGACUCAGCAGGGGGAGGGAGAGUAGAAGAUUUGAAUCACUGGUACAAGUACCUGUGCGAGGAUGGAAAGAAAUAUGGCUACUUGGUCAAUGGAUCAAAGAGUUGGCUGAUCUUGAAGUCACAAGAGUUAGUGGAUGAAGCAAAAUGGGUCUUCGGUGAUGAAGUUAAUAUCACAACGGAAGGGAAAAGGCACCUAGGGGCUGUUAUAGGAUCUAAGGUGUACAGAGAUCAUUACUGCACAGAGAAAGUUCAAGGUUGGAAAGGGGAAAUCUUAACACUAGCAGAAAUAGCUAAAAGCCAACCACAUGCAGCCUAUAUUGUAUUCACCAAGGGAUACAAAUCUAAAUUCACUUACUGUAUGCAAACUAUUGAGUCUUUCGAAGAAUACGUAGACCCUGUUCAGCAGUUCAUUGAUGAGAUGUAUCUCCCCAUCCCAUUCGGUCAAGCAGAACCACUCCCAGAUGAAUUGAGCAAACUCAUGACACUAACACCAGCACAAGGCCGCCUGGGAAUACCUGAUUUGAUAACAGAAGCCCCACAACAGUACUCAGCAUCAAAACUUUUCACCAGACAACAUGUUGAGUCUAUUAAAUCUCAAAGUGAAAUCAUCAAUACAAAUGAGCAGUUGGUAGAGGAACUAAUGAGAGACCUGCAGUCCCUCAAGGCAGAGAACACAAGGUCCAAAAUCAAGAGUAUCAAUGCAUCCCUCGACCCUGAGCUGUUGUGUCUCACACAGCAAGCCGGAGAUAAAGGUGCAAGUUCUUGGCUCAAUGCUAUACCCCUCAAAGAUCAGGGUUUGGCAGUGAAUAACCAAGAAUUUACCUGCGAUUGCGGUACAAUUUACCACUGCAGGACAUACCGUCUACCUGUGCUUGUGGUGAGCCAUUUAAUGUAAGCCAUUCCUUGUCAUGUAAAAAGGGAUUUGUGGCUCAACACAAUGAUGGAGUGAGAAAUAUAAUAACCUCCCUACUCAGCAAAGUGUGCAAGAACGUCCAAGUAGAGUCUCACCUCUAGCCAUUGGACAAUGAAGUGGUGAGUUUAAGAUCAGCCACAAGAAGUUCCAAUGCGAGAUUGGAUGUGAAGGCUGAUGGCUUCUGGUCGCGUGGAGUGGCAGCAUUUUUUAUGUUAGAGUGACGCAUGUCAACUCCAAGACUAACCAGGGGAAAUCAACUGCAGCAGUUUUCAAGGAACAGGAGAGUGAGAAGAAGAGAAAGUACCAACAAAGGGUGCUAGAAGUUGAGAUGGGCUCCUUUACCCCACUUAUUUUUGGAACCAACGGCGGGAUGGGCAAAGAAUGUAAAAUGUUUAUGAAACAUUUAGCUGAGAAAUUGGCAGAGAAGGAUGUUGAAGGUUAUCCAUUUGUUAUUAGCUGGCUCAGGACCAGGAUUUCUUUUGAAAUGUUCAAGUCUGUAAAUACCAGCAUCAGAGGAUUGUGACAGCCCUUUUUUAGAAGUGAAGUUGUAGAUGAUUUUAAAGUAAAUUGUACAGCUGCUAACCUUUUUUAUGAAAUAAUUUCUUACUUGUAAACCGCUUCCUGAAUCGAAUUUCGUAAUUAGCCCCUUAGCCUUAUUGUUUUAGUAAAUAGUUUACUAGCCUUAUUGUACAUUUUACAUUUAUAUAAGCACAAGAUUACUUCUAGUUUUAUUUUUAGUUUACAUUAUGCAGUGACCUUUUUUCCUGAAUUGUAAAUAGCCCGAUUAGUUUUAUUGUUAAUUUAACACUAGUAAAAUUAGUUUUUAGUUUUCAACCUAAGAGUGCCUGUUACAGUACCAAACAUACAAUGAAUAAAGAUGAUUUAUGGUUUUUUACCUCAUUCUGCUUAGAAAUGUUCGAUUUGUUUCACUGCAAUUAUUGGUAAAGAGAGAAUUCAAAGCACAUCUUCAUGCUAUAAACUACAAAUGGACACCAUGGAACUCCACAUUUGCCAGACUUGUUAAUUGAGGAGAUAUCAGUCCACAUAUUUUCAAAAUAGUUUUUUUAUCACUGAUCCAUACAAUAUUUCAUGUAAAUCUCUACAAGCAUGUUUUCACAGUUUCUACCUUACCUAAGCAUGACCGAAGCAAAUUAGUUCAUUGUACCGAGUCGAGCUCGUCUGAUGUAGCAAUAAUUUGGUAGAUUACGAAAAAAAACUAACAACGAAAUAAUAAUGCUUAAACAGAAAGAUGCAAGGAGAAAAGUCUAGGUUUUAUUAUUUUCGCUUCUGAUGCACACAUUUCAAGUUGUAGAGGUUAUUCGUCAACAGCCCUCACAGGGUCCAUCAAAAACAUGAACAUAA